AUGCAAUUCUCCACCAUCGCCCUCAUCUCUGCCCUCGCAGCCUCCGUUUCCGCCAACGGAAACCACAGCAUCUCAGCCGUCUGGGUCACCGAUGUCGUUACAUCCUUCACCACCGUCUGUCCCGCUGCCACCACUCUCUCUUUCAACGGUGUAACCUACACUGCUACUGAGAGCGAAACUAUCACGAUUACAAACUGCCCAUGUACAAUCUCUAAGCCGGUUUACACCACGUCUUCUGUUAUCUGUAACACCUGUACCGCCCCCUCCCCAUCAGCUCCCACCGGCUCAGCUCCCGCCUACGGAAACAGUACCACCCCAGCACCCACCACAGCCGCCUCAAGCAGCAACGGAGGAUCCAUCGGAACUACUUCUCUCCCUGUAGUAUCCAGUGCUACCACUGCUAGUCCUUCUGCCUCUACCACACCGCUCAUCGUUUCUAAUGGUGGACAUCGCGCUGUUGUAUUCUCGGGUGCUGGACUUGCUGGUUUGAUUGCUGUUGCUGCUUAUGUUUUGUAG